GGCAACGGAUAGUUUCUUUUUAAAAGGGAAAAAAAUAUUUCCUUAUUAAGAACCAAAUCACCAGAGUUUUCUUCAUUCAUUCAAUAAUCAAUAUACAAUCGCAAAAUCUCUUAUUCUGCCCUCUAAUUCUUACUCCAACUCAUUAUUCAAAUCUGUGUAUAUUCUUGUGGGAUUUUUGUUUUGGGUGUUGCCAAUUCCUUGGAGAACUGUUUGUCCGAAAGUUAAAUUCUUUUGUUGAUUUUAUUGAUAUUGGGAAAUGGAUCUUGGAUGUAUUGAUAUGGGUUGCAUCGAGAAGCAAAGAAAGGAGACUUGUCUUGACAAAGAGAACAGUCCAAAGGAGUCUGGGAUGUCUUCUUCCAAGCCAGGGAAGAACAAGGGAUCAAAAGAUGUUCUCCAGUCAAGUUUGAGUGCUUUAAACAAACUUACAUCACAAAUUACAAAGCCUCCACAUCGGAGAACUUCACCUCUUAAUUGGUUCCCGCGAAAAAAGGUGGAUUCCUAUUUGAAUAGGAAAAUAAAAUCGCUACAGGAAGUAGAUGGAAUGAAUUCAACUCUUGAUGAGACUCUUGGGGAUUCAAAUCCACAUUACUCCAGAGUUCUGAGAGAAAAAAUUGCAGUAAGAGAAGCUGCAGAGAAAGUAAUGGAAGCUCAAAAGGCUGCAAAGGUGGAAGCAUCUUGGUGUCGUAUACUUAAAGCAGCCAGGAUUGAAAGAAAAGAUGCAGAAGCAGAGCUGUCAAAAGCGGAAAAAUCUGCAGCUGAAGCUUUUGAAGCUGCAACAGCCAUUGGUGUAAUCAUGAAUGAUAUACCAGAACAUGCACAAAAAUGUUACAAAAUGGAAACCAUAAAAGGAGAAGAACCUACCACUCAUACAAUAUCGGCAAGUUUUGAAACUGCAUUUGAGGUGGAUAAACAAGUAGCUGCUGCAGUUAAAGCAGCUUUUAUUAAGCUAGCAAAUUGCCCUUCAAUAAACAGAGGCGAAUUUAGAGAGUUGUUGUGCAAAGUUAGUGAGACCCCAGAUACUGGUGAAAAUUAUCAUGAAUUGUCAGACUCUUCUACA